UAUUCCGACUAUUUUCGGAGGUUGAAAUUGUGAGACUGUGGGUGAAGCGUACAUUCGCGAAGAACUACAGCAACUAUCAGGGUUCUGAGGCUUUCUGAUUAGCAGCGAGUCCCUGAAUGGGAACAGCCCAGUCCCAACUGGAGGGUGUGCCUGUGAUUGAGGAAGUGUCAUCGCAAGGAAGUGUGAGUAGCAGUAGCAGCAAUAUAAGUACAGGUAUCGGCAUGGAUCAAACAGGAAGACAACAGUUGCCACCACCCCCACCGUUGCAGAGUGCUGUUGACAGCUCUCGUCCUCCAACAUUUAGUCAGCCCAAUGUACAGAACAUGACACCAGCUGUUUCAUACAGUCAACCCUACAGUCAUAUUCGUGUGAACCCUGUGCCAGGUCCUCCCUAUCAUAAAAUUGCACAACCUAUGCAUCAUCAAUCAAUGGCACAACAAUUGCCAAUGUCACAGUUUCCCACAUACUCGCCACAGCCAUAUAUGCCACAGCCAACUUUUCCACCGUCAAUGUCAUCUCAAUCGUACAUGUCUCCACCACAAAUGUCAACAUCACAACAAAUGGCUCCUGGGUUUUCUCCCAACAAGUCUCCACAGAUGAUGUAUCCACAGCAGCAACAACAACAACACCAACAGUAUAUGCAGCAUUAUUUGCCUCCAAAACAGCAACAGUCGGCUUCGCCACAAGCACAGCAACCAGCAAUGUCGCCGUCAUCUCCUCAAAAUACUGUUGCACCCCCUGUAGCCAGGACUACUACCACCGGUAACAUUCCUAAUGUUGAUCCUUAUUUACCAACUCCUCCUUCAGAAUCUGCCCCAUCAGAGACAUCCGAUGCCCCGCCUAGUUCACCAGAGAUUAAAAUGAAAAUCAAAAAGACAUUUACGCAUGGUCGACCAAAGUUGACUUCUACUUUAUAUGAAGGAGAGGUCACAGGUGCCACUGAUAGACCAAAUGCUUCAGUGAGAAAUGAAAUUGCAGCUAGUACUGGUGCGCAGUCUGCAUCUAUGCCCACGGCAUCAGAUGAAUCAACAGAGCCACUGCCUGUACAAAGUACAUCACCACAACAUUCAGACCCAGGAGUCUUGCCCGCUGUCCAGCACCCACCAGUCGCGAAGAAACCCCUCACAUUGGCGCAAAAGAAGGAAACUGUGAAGGCUGGGAAAGUAGCAGCUGCCACAAAACCAACUGCCGUAAAAUCCCCAGCACCGGUGUACGAAGAGAAACCAUGCGAGUGGCUGGUUGGAGAUCUUGUGUGGUCUAAAGUGAGUGGUCAUCCUUGGUGGCCAUGUAUGGUUGCAUAUGAUCCAAAUCUUGGUGUUUACACACGAAUGAAAGGUUCAGGUCUUAAGAAUUAUAGGCUUUAUCAUGUUCAAUUCUUUGGGGAGGUACCAGAAAGAGGAUGGGUCAGCGGUACCAGUAUGCGAAAAUUCACUGGAAAGGCACAGUAUCAGGUAUUGGUUGAAGAAUUAGGAGCUAAAAUAAAAAAUAGAGCAGAGAGAGCAAAAUUUUUGUCCAAGAAUACAUUAAAACCGGCAAAGCGUGUUGCUUGGGAGAUAGCUGUACAGGAAUGUGAAAGGGCGUUGCCGAUGAGUAGGCAUGAACGUAAACUUAAUUUUACCUUCAAGUAUGAAAUGCCCACUUCAGGUGAAGGUGUAGCACAAGGCGAACAAAUUGAUGUUGUUUCGCUGGGCGACUCUCCAAAAAUGAAAGCAAAGAGAGCUUAUAAGAAACGAAAGGCUGACGAGGAAGCAGCCGCUGCUGAAGGACCUACUCAAAGUGGAGAUGCAGCUGGAUCAGGAAAUGAUAGUAAUAGUGAAUUUGUUACUCCACCAAGGACUAAAAGAAAGUACAUAAAACGAAAAAUUAAAAUCAAAGCUUCGCCGAUUGACCAUAUUUCUGUUGCCGAUGUAUUGCUAGCAGACAACAAAGAUACGCCAAAGAAACGUGGCCGCAAGCCAGGGUUUCUUAUUUUUUAUCAGAAACACAAAGAACAAGUGAAAAAUGAACACCCAGAUUAUAGCGAUGAACAGGUUGUGGAGUCUUUAAAGCAGCAAUGGACUGCAAUGUCUGAGAAGCAAAAAUGCAGGUAUAAAUCUAAGUUUGCUGCUGGCACAUCAGAGGACCCCACUAAAGCAGGGAAACGAAAAGCAGAUGACCAUGGCGACCAACCUCCUUUGAAAAGAUCAAGAAGAGAAUUGAGGCCGUCAAAGAAAAUGCAAGAGGCUGAUGUAGAAAACAUAGGAUUUUCACCAGAAAUGACCAAAGCACUGAAGGUAAUUAGUCCCCAAGCAGAUAAUGAAAAACCAACAAAAAUACGUGAUCGUAAAGACUCUGUGGAAGCAACUUUGGACAAUGUGAUAGCAGCAGCAAGGAUAGUAGCAGGUGUGCCUGAAAUGUCACCUGAUGGAACACCAAUGAAGAAAAAACGUGGAAGGAAACCCAAAAUUGUGAAAGAGAUGGAAGCUGCUGCAGCUGCAGCUGCUGCUGCGGAUGCUGUUAAUGCUGCUGGAAAACCAAGUACGGCCAUGUCUCCAACUAAUCCUUCAGGAGAGAUGCCUGUGAAAAGAAAGAGAGGAAGGCCUCCGGGAUCUGUGAAAAAAAAGAACCUUGAAGACAGAUUAAAGCCACCCCAAAAGUCAAUAACUGCUGAAAUGACUAAAGAUUUUGCUGAAAUGCAAGAAGAUGAAAACCCUCUUGUUAUUGACACUAGUAUUAUCAGCGAUGCGAUACAGUCGGCCACUAAUGGGAAUAGCGAAAAUAACGACAGCGAGUGUAGCAAUGGCAAUUGUAGUGGUAGUGGUAAUGGCUGCAGUACCACCAGUAUGACCAAUGGCAAAAAUACUUCUCGGACAACUGGCGGAGGAGCUGGUGCAUCACGAAAGGAAAAUGUGUGCCAAGUGUGUGAACGGCCGGGAGAGCUGCUACUAUGUGAGGGCCAGUGCUGUGGAGCUUUUCAUCUCGACUGUAUAGGACUACAACAAAUGCCAUCUGGCGUGUUCAAAUGUGAUGAAUGCAUUUCAGGUGUCCAUUCAUGUUUCAUCUGUACCAAAUGUGAUAUCGAAGUAAAGCGCUGUUCAGUUGCUUUGUGUGGCAAAUUUUAUCAUGAAGACUGCUUGAAGAAGUGGACACUGACCAGGUUUGAUGGGAAAGGUGUUACUUGCCCUUUACACACCUGUCAAGCCUGUGCUGCAGACAACCCAAGGAAUCCCAAAGCCACUAAAGGACGAUUAACACGAUGUGUUCGGUGUCCAACUGCUUAUCAUACUGGGGACAACUGUAUAGCUGCUGGAAGCAUUGUACUUGCCUCCAAUGCUAUAGUUUGUAGUAAGCACUUCCAGCCUGUGAAAACACAGAAGCAUCAUUCGCAUGUCAACGUCAGCUGGUGCUUUAUGUGCUCCAAAGGGGGAAGUUUGAUGUGUUGUGAAAGUUGCCCAGCAGCGUUUCAUCCCGAUUGUAUCGGAUAUGACGAGAUCCCAGAUGGUAGCUGGUAUUGUCGUGAUUGUACUAAUGGUAAACGACCUCAAUAUGGUGAUAUCGUCUGGGUCAAGUUGGGAAAUUACAGGUGGUGGCCAGCAGAAGUUUGUCAUCCAAGAAACAUUCCACUAAAUAUUCAAGAAAGAUCCCAUCAAGUUGGUGAAUUUCCUGUCCAUUUCUUUGGUUCGAAUGAUUACUAUUGGACUCAUCGAGCCAGGGUCUUUCACUUUCAAGAAGGGGAUAAGGGGAGUGCAGAAAGAGGGUGCACCAAGGGACUUGCAGCAGUCUUCAGACAAGCUUUGAAACAAGCAAAUGACAAAUUCCAGGAGUGGAAAAAGGCCAAAGACCUCAGGGAAGCUAAAGAUCUACAUAACAGUGGAAAGAAACCAGCACCUUUUAAAUUUAUCAAGACAAAUAAACCUGUAGGCAAAGUUGUAAUGCAGCAAUGUGAUAUAUCUCAAUGUACACCAUGUGAAUGUAAGGCUGACAUGAAGAACCCCUGUGGACCAGACAGUGACUGUCUAAAUCGUAUGCUUUUAAUAGAAUGCCAUUCGCAGGUUUGCCCUGCUGGGGAUAAUUGUCAGAAUCAACGUUUUCAAAAGAUGCAGUAUCCUGAGACUAUUCCAUUCCGUACCGAUGAGAAAGGACGAGGCUGGGGAUUAAAAACCACGCAGGAUAUUAAAAAGGGUGAUUUUGUUCAUGAAUAUGUUGGUGAAUUAGUUGAUGAAGAAACUUGUCGUGAACGAAUCAAAAAGUGUCAGCAAUUGGAUAUAGAUAAUUUUUACAUGUUAACAAUCGACAAGGAUCAUGUAAUCGACGCUGGACCAAAAGGAAAUUUAGCGAGGUUCAUGAAUCAUUCUUGUGAUCCAAACUGUGAAACCAUGAAAUGGACAAUUCUUCCAGAUACCCGAGUUGGCUUGUUUGCCAAGAGGGAUAUUACUGCUGGUUCUGAGUUGACCUUCAAUUACAAUUUAGAUUGCUUGGGUAAUGAGAAAAAGAAGUGUGAAUGUGGUGCCAAGAAUUGCAGUGGAUAUAUUGGUGUUCGGCCUCGGUCUUUACCUCAAGAGGAGAAGAAACAAAAGAAAAAGAAGCGAAAAAGGAAAAAGAAAAAUAAUCUAGAGAAACAUGAGCAUGAAGAUGAUUGUUUUCGAUGUGGGGAAGGUGGUGAAUUGGUCAUGUGUGACAAGAAAACUUGUCCCAAAGCGUAUCAUGUGAAAUGUCUUGGUCUCUCGAAAAGGCCUUAUGGAAAAUGGGAAUGCCCCUGGCAUCACUGUGAUACCUGUGGUAAACAGUCAACCAAGUUGUGCAUAGAUUGUCCUAACUCUUAUUGUGAAACUCAUUCAAACAUUUUAACAAAACACAAAGGAAAACUGUACUGUGAGGAACAUGAUCUUGACAACAUCUCUUCUGAAAAGGACUCAUCCAGUGAUCUCAACAGCAAAGGAGAUAUUUCAUCAGAAGAAAGUGCAAAGCCAUCCCCAAAUCCAUCUGAACAUGUGGAGAGUGAACUUAACAAUGAAUGACUUCUAACUGGAAGACAUGGGCAUUCUGCAACUCUGCUCAAAUGUACAUGUUAAAAUGAGACAUGAUUGCAAGGAAUACAUCUUUGGUGCUUGGUCUGUUUCUUGAUGACUGAACAUUUAUUAUAGCAAGGUCGACCUACAUUUGUUGAUAUGUGCACACCGGCUGCUUGUUCAUCUUUUUAAACAUUUCAAGAACUGACAAUGUUUGGCAUUUAGGGGGGGGGGUCUCCAAAAUUUCAAUUUAGACUGUAUUAUUCGGCUAUCUGGCCUUCCUCUGAGUGGUGUGGCAGUGCUGGUUGAAGAUAUUUUCAUUAGAUUGUUUUUUAUUUUUAAUUUUAUUUGUGUACUGUACAUUUCUUUAUUGAAUAUUAACUGCCAUGUACGAAUAUUAAAAUGCCCGUUGUUAAAACAAAACUAAAUUUGACAAUUCUAUCAGAUGUUUUUCAAUAAUACUGUAAAGAAGGUUCCAAUAUUUUUAGAACACUUUAUGCAAUUGGGUAGAUAUAUAAUUACUGUAUAGCAUGAGUGUGUGACAAGAAAUGUACUACUUAUUGCACAUGGCCUUGUGGCAGUUCCUGCAUAUUUUUGUUAACAAAAAAAAAAAGGCAACCUUGUUGACUAUUAUUUGGCAUGAUCAAAAGAUGUAGCCAUAACUGUAAGUGAGCUUUAAAGCAAUGUAUUUUAUAAUUUUCACCUCCCUUUUAAAAUUGUCUAAAAUUUUCCAUGCAAAUUGGGUAUCGAGUAUUUUCUAUAACUUUCACUGUAUUUCUGGUCCACAGUAGGGAGCGGUUUAAAAAAAGGAAUCUCUAAUUUUUAUACACUAGUAAAACAGAUGCUGGGUUUCUCUGCUGAAUGCAACUUGACUCAUCCUUUAUGCAUAUUACUGUUGUAGUGCUGUAGACAAUUGAAAAGUUGCUGGAAAUGAAAUGUUUUACCUAAGUCAGGUUUUCUUUUUUUGCCUCAGUUUUUGUCACAUGUACAGAACUCAAUCUUGGGAAUUUUUUAAAAAAGAAUGAAGUUGUAACAGUUGCAUUAAUAAUAAUUUAACAAUAAAUUGUUUUAUGCAUUUAUUGAAGUAAUCCUCUUAAGAGUAGAUGUAAAGUGUCAAUUUUUUUAUCCUGUAUUUUUUAUCAGAAGACCAUCAAUAAACAAGUCUGUCUU